AUGGAUGUUCACUUCGGUGUUGUGAAUCUUUACAAAGGAAAACGUGGUUUGUCAACCUCAUUUCAGGCAGAGUUUUUUUCAUCGCCAUCUUCAGCCGUUCGUUCUAAAGGUGAAAUUGUAAUAAACGUUGCUUCAAGUGGUAUUGCGUCCUUACUUCUUUCUCGCGGUAGGACCGCACACUCAAGGUUUCAUAUACCCAUUAAUCUAACAGAGGAUUCAAUGUGUCAUAUUAAGCCAAAAAGUGAUAUUGCGAACUUAAUUAAGGAGGCAAAGUUGAUUAUAUGGGACAAGGCACCAAUGGUCCACAAACAUGCCUUUGAGGCUUUAGAUAGGUCAAUGACAGAUGUUUUUUCAGGUGGUACAAGUAUACGUUCAGAAGUUCCAUUCGGCGGUAAAGUUAUCGUUUUUGGUGGUGACUUUAGACAGAUUCUUCCAGUUAUUCCUAAUGGAAGUAGACAGGAAAUUGUGAAUGCAUCCUUGAGCUCAUCAUAUAUAUGGUCAAAGUGCAAAUUGUUAAAGUUGACUAAAAACAUGCGACUGACUGUCGGAGCUCAAACUUCGAAUAUGGAAUCAAUUGAAAAAUUCGCCAAAUGGCUACCUGAUAUUGGUGAAGGAAAAGUUGGUGGUGAUAACGAUGGUGACACCCUUAUAGAGAUACCUGAAGAUUUGUUAAUCAAUGAUGUAUCUGAUCCGAUUCAAAGUUUAAUUGACUUUGUCUAUCCUUCGCUAAUGGAACAGUUUAAGAAUCCCGGUUUUUUUUCAGAACGAGCAAUCCUAGCACCUAAAAAUGAAGUAGUUCACGACAUUAACGACCGGUUGCUAGCGUUAUUUCCCGGUGAAGAGAAGGAGUAUUUGAGUUCUGACAGUAUUUGCCAAACCGAGCAAAUGCUUGAUCCGUUUCAAGAAAGUUUAUACUCUACGGAAAAUCUCAAUGCUCUUAAGAUUUCAGGUUUACCUAAUCACAGAUUAGUACUAAAAGUUGGAGUUCCGGUAAUGCUUCUCAGAAAUAUCGAUCAACAAAAUGGCUUAUGUAAUGGAACUAGACUUCAGAUUACUUUUCUUGGUAAACGAGUAAUCGAAGCUGAAGUAAUAUCCGGCGGAAAUAUUGGAUCAAGGGUUUUUAUUCCGAGGAUUAACAUGAUACCUUCAGACAAAAAAAUCCCUUUUCAAUUUCAACGCAGACAAUUUCCGUUAUCCGUAUGCUUUGCCAUGACCAUUAACAAAAGUCAAGGACAGUCAUUAUCUAGAGUUGGUCUAUAUCUAAAAGAUCCUGUUUUCACGCACGGUCAACUGUAUGUUGCGCUAUCAAGAGUUAAGACGAGAGAUGGUGUGAAGAUUUUAAUAUUCGACGAUGAAGGACAACCAACAAAUCAAACUGCCAACGUCGUUUACAAAGAGAUUUUUGGCAACUUAUGA